UUGGUCCGUGUAAGCAAUGCAACAAAAAACACAACAAUCUACUUCAUGAUAAAUGUGACGAUAGCGCGAGUGUAUCCACCUCGCCAGUCGUUGCGCAUAAUUCUCAGGCAUCGUCACAGAAUACAACUAGUGGUAAGUCUUUACAUACUGCCACAUUACAUUCUGCAUCUCAUACGACACAUCAGAGCACUACUCAUUCAUUAUUAGAGACUGUCCUGCUGUCUACAGCUUUAGUUGAGGUUGCAGAUAAAAGCAAUAACUAUCACACUACUCGCGCUUUACUAGAUAAUGGUAGUCAGCAUUCCUUUAUAGCGGAAUCAUUAUGUAAACGACUUAAACUCAAUUUAAUACAGUCCACUGUGCAAGUCUCCGGAGUAGGUAACUCGGUGACUAAUUCUACACAAUCUUGUGAAAUUAAUUUGAGAUCUAAAACUACACAAUAUAACACACGCAUGAAGUGUUUAGUUUUGAAUCAAAUAACAGCUCAAUUACCAUGUUUAGGUACAACUUCAAACAUAAAUAUCCCUGAUCAUGUACAGUUAGCUGAUUCGGAAUUUUAUUCGCCAUCAGAAAUCGAAUUAUUAAUUGGGGCAGAUAAAUUCUGGGAACUUUUAACUGAUGGACUGAUUCGCCUAAGUAGUGGUCCAUAUCUUCAGAAUACUCAGUUAGGAUGGGUAAUAUCUGGCCCAUUGCUGAAUAAAAAAACUUCACGCAACAAUCGAGUUCAAUGCAAUUACUCACAAUCAUUAGACGCUCAACUUAGGAAAUUCUGGGAGCUAGAAGAACUACCUCCGCAAAAUAAAUUAACUAAUGACGAGUCUUUGUGUGAAAACUUGUUUUUACAAACUACGUACCGCGAUAACACGGGUCGGUUUUUUGUGCGCAUUCCAUUAGCCGAGCCCAGCGAUACACUGGGAGAUACGUAUGCGCUCGCACUUAAUCGCUUUCACGCACUUGAACGAAAAUUAGAUAAAUCUACGCCUGAAUAUAAAAGGUUAUAUUGUGAUUUCAUGAAUGAAUAUUUGAGUUUAGGUCACAUGAGUCGAGUCAAUUCUUAUCCAUCACCAAAUUAUUUUCUACCGCAUCACGGUGUUUUAAGAAUUCAUAGUAGCACUACGAAACUUAGGGUUGUUUUUGAUGGUAGUGCGAAGUCAACUUCGGGUAAAUCGCUUAACGAUAUUCAGCAUAUUGGCCCUAGUUUACAUAAUGAUGUUUUCUCAAUCUUGUUACGAUUUCGUCAAUUUAGAUUCGUUGCAUGCGCCGACGUCGAGAAGAUGUUCCGGCAAAUUAAUCUACAACCGGAUCAAAGAAAUCUUCAAUUAAUUAUUUGGCGAGAAAAUAAAUCCGAUGAACUCGGUGUAUUUCAGCUUAAUACGGUGACAUACGGUACCGCGUCCGCUCCUUAUCUAAGCAUUCGUUGCAUCAAACAGCUGGCGUCGGAAUGUAAGGAUGACGUCAUAAAACAGGUUAUCAACGAAGAUCUGUUUGUCGAUGACCUAAUUACAGGUAAUGAUGAUAAACAAUGUUUAUUAGAUAUUUGUACCAAAGUAAAUGAUACUUUAAAAUCUGGUUGCUUCCAUUUACGUAAAUGGUUGUUUAAUUCGGAAUCAUCUACAACAGAUCAACAAAAAGAUUUAUCUUUAGGAGAAAAUUGUUUAACUAAAACUCUGGGUAUUGGUUGGUUAAAUUAUUUAGAUUUAUUAUAUUUUACGACAAAAAUUGAUCAAAACUUUACUCAUGUGACUAAGCGCGUUAUCUUGUCCGUUGUUUCACAGGUGUAUGACCCAUUAGGCUUGUUAUCACCCGCAAUUAUAAUUGUGAAAAUACUUUUACAGAAACUAUGGCUUUGUAAAUUAAGUUGGGACGAUCCAGUACCAAAUGAUAUUCUGUCUACGUGGAAAAACUUUAUUGCCACUCUUCAACACUUACAAGACAUAAAAAUUCCUCGUCAUGUCAGGGAAAUAAAUACAAAUUAUACAGAUUUACACAUUUUUUCGGAUGCAUCACAGGAUGCAUAUGGUGCAUGUGCCUUUAUAAGUACAUACAAUGACAACUCACCAGCUACAGUUAGGAUACUUUGUGCCAAGACCAAAGUCGCACCAAUUAAGCCAGUCACAAUACCGCGUCUUGAGCUGUGCGGAGCGUUAGUUGGUGCCAAGCUGUAUCAAAAAAUUGUUCAGUCAUGGAGAUUGAAAUUUAACCACAUAUAUUUUUGGUCUGACUCAAUGAUUGUCAUAAAUUGGAUUAAAAUGUCACCUAAUUUGUUAAAAACGUUCGUGCAGAACAGAGUCGUGCAAAUCAACGAACUGACUGGUGAGUUGCCGUGGUUACAUGUUGCUGGUAAAGACAACCCGGCUGACCUCUUAUCUCGCGGGCUCACGCUCGACGCGCUUCAAAGUACAGAUAUUUGGUGGCACGGGCCAGCAUUUUUAAAGGAUAUGCACAUGAAUUUUAAAUAUGACAACCAGAAUGAAAUUAUAAAUUUAAACGAUUUACCAGAAAUGAAAUCAAAGGUUUUAUUUACACAGUCGACUUAUACUAGUAUUUUUAUUUUCGAACGUUUUUCAAAUUUUAAUCGCAUGAGACGUGCAGCCGCUUACGUGUUACGAUUCAUUAAUAAUGCACGAAUUAAAAGUAAAACGGAACGUAGCAUUGGUCCGUUAACGGCUGAUGAAUUAAAUAAAUCAACGUUAGUUUUAGUACGCUUAGCACAACAUGCAUCAUUUGCAGACAUUUUGAAUCAAUUGAUAAAUAACUUACCUGUAAAGUCGAUGAGAAACAUAUCUAGUCUUGAUGUGUUCUUGGAUUCUGAUCGCAUUAUAAGAGUGGGAGGUAGAUUAGUAAAUUCACGCACCUUCCCAUACAGUAAAAAACACCCUAUAUUGUUAUGUUCAAAACAUACCUUCACGCGACUACUUUUUCAAUUUGAACACAAACGUCUACUCCAUGCUGGUCCACAGCUUCUCUUGGCUACUAUCAGAGAGAGUUGGUGGCCACUCAGGGGUCGUGAUUUAGCUAAGCAGACGGUACAUAAGUGCAUUAUAUGUACUCGCCAGAAAGGGAAGGCACUAUCAGUAAAAAUGGGUAACUUACCCUUUGAGAGAUUGGAACCGGGGUAUCCUUUCUUGCGCUGCGGUGUGGAUUAUGCGGGACCUAUGUUUAUAUUGAAUCGGAAGGGAAGGGGUUCAAAACUUGAAAAAUGUUAUGUGUGCCUAUUCAUAUGCUUUACCACUCGAGCGAUACAUCUAGAAUUGGUCACAAGUUUAACUUCUGAGGCGUAUUUACUUGCUUUAAAAAGGUUCCUAUGUCGUCGCGGAAAACCCGCUUAUAUAUUUUCCGAUAACGGAAAAACAUUCGUAGGCGCACUCAAGGAAUUUUCAGAUUUUUUAAAUCAUAGUGAAAAUGAUAUUUUAAAUUUUGCAGCAAAUGAAAAUAUUAAGUUUAGCUUUAUACCUCCGUACUCCCCACAUUUUGGAGGUUUGUGGGAGGCAGGGGUCAAAUCUUUUAAAUAUCAUCUCCGUCGCGUAGGAAACGUUAACCUCACGUAUGAGGAAUUUUCAACAUUAUUAGCACAAAUUGAAGCCCUCCUCAACUCCAGACCUAUGUAUCCCAUGUCUUCAGACCCAAACGACCUACUCCCUCUUACACCAGCCCAUUUUCUGAUUGGCCGGCCGCUCACUGCACCUGCCUGCGAAGACCUCACAGCUUCGAAUACAUCACGCCUGGUCCGCUACGAGCGCAUCGAACAAAUGAGGCAAAAUUUUUGGAAACGCUGGUCGCAGGAGUACGUUUCGGAACUGCAGACAAGGACCAAAUGGCAGUACAACACCGGCACAAUAGCACCCAAUACAUUAGUGCUCAUCAAAGAUGACAAUUUGCCACCCUUAAAAUGGCGUCUUGGACGAGUCAUAACCACUUUCCCUGGGAAGGAUGGACUAGCACGUGUAGCUGACAUCAAAACAGCUAACGGAGUAAUACGACGGUCAUACCCCAGAUUGUGUCCGCUACUACAGGAGGAAGAACCUUAACUUCUCCCAACUUCUACUUCUGCGUUGGAGGCUGUCACUCCAAGGCGGGCGGCAUGUCUACGCAUCGUCAUCAAUCGAACAUGUACCUGCGAUUCCUGCGAGCCCCACUAGAUGGCGUUACGAUUUUAGUUCCAAAUUCCUCCGCGCGCCGCGCCUCAGGCACUUGCAAAUUCGCUCGACAC